AUGCCAAAUUUCACGGAUGUGACAGAAUUUAUUCUUCUGGGACUGACCAAUCGCCAAGAGCUACAGGUUCUCUUUUUUGUGGUGUUCCUGGUACUUUACAUGAUCACUCUGAUAGGGAACAUUGGUAUGAUUAUUUUGAUCAGUAUCAGUCCCCAGCUUCAGAGCCCCAUGUACUUUUUCUUGAGUCAUUUGUCUUUUGUGGACAUAUGGUUCUCUUCCAAUGUCACUCCCAAAAUGUUAGAGAACUUACUAUCAGCAACAAAAACCAUUUCUUAUGUGGGGUGUUUGGUACAGUGUUACUUUUUCAUUGCCCUUGUCCAUGUGGAAGUCUAUAUAUUGGCAGUGAUGGCCUUUGACCGGUACAUGGCCAUCUGCAACCCUUUGCUUUAUGGAAGCAAAAUGUCCAGGACUGUCUGUGUUCGGCUUAUCUCAGUGCCUUAUGUCUAUGGGUUCUCUGUUAGUCUAAUAUGCACAUUGUGGACAUAUGGCUUGUACUUCUGUGGAAAUUUUGAAAUUAACCACUUUUAUUGUGCAGACCCCCCUCUCAUCAAGAUUGCCUGUGGAGGAAUCCACAUCAAAGAAUACACAAUGAUUGUCAUUGCUGGGAUUAACUUCACAUAUUCGCUCUCGGUUGUCCUGGUUUCCUACACCCUCAUUGUGGUAGCUGUGCUCCGCAUGCGCUCAGUUGAUGGGAGAAGGAAGGCCUUUUCCACUUGUGGAUCCCACUUGACAGCUGUUACCAUGUUUUAUGGGACCCUGAUAUUCAUGUAUCUCAGACGGCCCACUGAAGAAUCUGUGGAACAGGGGAAAAUGGUGGCUGUGUUUUAUACCACAGUGAUUCCCAUGCUAAAUCCUAUGAUCUACAGCCUGAGAAACAAGGAUGUGAAAGAAGCAGUCAAUAAAGCAAUUGUGAAGGUAAACUUGGGGCAACGAAGCUGCAAUCAAAACUGUUGUUGUUGUGCGUUGAUACUGAAGGACUUUCUAAAGGCAUCUCUUACACAUAUAUAA